AUGAGCUCAGGAGCACGACUGCAAGAUAGUGCAAUACAUGAAAACAUCGGUUCAUUAUCAUCGUCAUCAGAUGAUAAACAAGAAGCACUUUCAUUAUGUUCUCAAUAUCAAGAUUCUAUCAAAAAAGAUAUAUUAUCAAAUGAUCGAAACAUUAUUUUUGAUAAAGCACUUGGUAAAAUGUUAAUAAGAAGCUUUUAUUUGAUUCAACAUGAAUUUCCAUCGUCAGAUCAAUUUGAAUGUUUGAUCUCUACGUAUAAUCGUCAUCGAUGUAAAAUUAUAAUUAGUUAUGAAUCAUCGUGUUCAUGUAAAACCUUUAGAAAGAAUAACGUUUGUAAACAUUUUCUUUUUGUACUCAAACGUAUAUUUAAUGUGGAUCUUCAUUCGUUGGAUAUUCGUCUUGCAAUCAUGGAACAUCAUCAAUUUACGAAUGCUGAUUUAGAAUAUAUUUUUCAAGGACAAGUUCGUCGACUUUGUUCAGUUACUUCACCAUUAUUACAAUUAGAUACAAAAGAAAAUUUAGUGUUAAGCUUUAAACGUCAAUCCAUUGGUUUCGAAGAUGUUUGUCCAAUAUGUUUUGAACGUUUAAUUAUAAAAAAUAAGAAAUUGGUUACGUGUUUUUAUUCAUGUGGUAAAUCGAUGCAUAAAACUUGUAUGAACGAAUGGAAACAUACCAAAGGAAAAGCAACUAAUUGUCCAUAUUGUCAAGUUCAUUGGAUAGAUCCAUCAGCAGCACAAAAAACCGUACUUGAUUAUUAUGCAAAACGUGCUCAUCCCAUCGAGAAACGUGAAAAAUAUUUUCUCUGUUGUUUAUAUACUUCAUCAGAUGGUGCCUAG